GCUAGUACAAAAUGGUCGACGUGCCUUGACUGCAUGAUAUAAAUUGGUAGAUACAACAUUUUGUUCCCCCCAUGAAGGAGUUAGAUAUAAUAAAUCGCGUGUAAUGUUAAAGGAUUUAUAAGAAUUAUUACGGUUUAGUUCUCACUCUUGGAAGACUUAAAUAUACAUCCAACCGUUGAAAAGAAAAAGAUGGAGAAACGGCAGGAAAUACUGGCUCCGUUUUCAUCCGAUGAGUGUCCAAACAGUGGGGAGGAUAGUGAAGAAGAUGUAAUAACUGACUACUUGGGAUCAUCGCAUUCCGACUGCGAUCGUAUACCUAUUAUUAAUGGAGAUCUUGGUAGUCUGAGUCUACGUGGAAAUAUUAUCGCUGAAGCUGGCUACACCAAAGACAAUACUGAGAAAACUGCUAUCGCUAUGUCUGAAGGGACUGACGAACAACAGCAGCAUCCUCUGCUUACAAUUGGCUCUAAUAUACAAUCGCAGCCUAAUCCUUUGGUGCCAAUUAUUAGUGUCACACCGCAUUCACCUGGUCUUGCUAAGAACUACCCUGUCCUGGAGGACAACUUGCAACAUUUGCAUGAAAUCCAUGAUUGCAUUCAGCGUAUGAGAGAUCUGACGCUGAACAACUGGGGAUAUAAUCAUCGCACAUCCCACAAUGAUGUACCGCAACGUUUAACAUCAUCGUGUCCUUCUCUGUGUCCCUUAAAUUCACCUGAAAUUGCACCACGUUCGAGUAAUAAUGAAACGGGAUCUGAUCCAGAUCUUCUCACUAAUUGCUCUACCAAUAGUUCUCCUACACAUUUUCCAUCGGUAGGUCCUCGUUCACAGAAUGCACAGGGUAUAGAUAGAAGACGCAGCUGGACAGACCUGGAAGACACACGAUGUGGGCGUCGCAGAUAUUCUGGGCAAAAUCACCUGCAAGCGCAAAACAUGCGACAGCGCAGUAUUAGUUUAAGUAGCCUAGACAGUGAAAUGGAAAUAGAAUUACAAGGAAAAUCUUGUACAAGACCUGUAGGCGUUGGGAAUCGCGCAUGCAGAUCACAGGCAAGCACGCAUUCUCUCAAUGAGGCUGAUCUAGUGCAGAGUGAAUAUCAGAAGAUAGUUACGAAACGAUUCAAAGGUAGUCAAAGAUUAGCAGAAAGUAGUGGUUUAAUGCCUGGUGUCACAGGUUCUCGUUUACCUCUUCAGAAAUCUAUUUCGACGCCUUCAAUUGUUACACCUCAAGUUAAUGCUCACUUAGCAGAGUCUGUAACUAGGACUACACCAUCACUUACGGCCCGUCACGAACGAAACGAAAAGGGUAGUGGAAGCGAGACUGAAACUGAGGACCUUCAUACACCGCACAGCCAUGUAUUCCAUGAGGAUAGAGAAGGCACUCCAAAUGCUCAAAUAUCCCUUGACGAAUUGCUGACUGAUGGAACCGUAUACGAUGAUCAUCAUUCCGAAAAAACUAGAAGAAAACGAGGUUCUAUUUUCUUCCGUAAGAAAAAGGAUAAGAGUGGUAAAAAAACUAGUCUACAGCAGCAUUUAUGGACGACAAUAAUGACUGGAUCUCAGGGAGGUUUGAUAUGUGAUGUUUGUAUGAAACAAUCGACAAAUAAGCCACUUCUACAUUGUGACAAUUGUGGAGUAUCUGUACAUCACAGUCAAGGAUGUAAGGAUCAACUAGUGCUGGAAUGUAUUAAGUCAAAACACCAUUCCAGUAAAGCUGCCAACAAACCUGCAUCAAAUAUGUCUACAAUAUCGAGUAGUUGUAAUAUUAAGAGAGGGUCUACUGCGUCGUUACCUCUACCAACAUUAUCUGGAAGCGGAAGUCAAACGAUAAAUGAAGAAAAAGAUGGGGAUGGGCAACAUCGUGACAUAUCCAGUGGUUGGGAAGAGUUCGAUUUCUGUGAUGACAAUCAUCAAUUUACUGUAGGCGAUUUGGAAGGUUUGGAUCCUGAAUUAGGCCUGGCUAAAGAAGAACCUGACUCUUGGAGUUCCGCCAUUGGACAUAAUAUCGCGUUACGACUCGUCGAUAAUUGCGAGCGGAAAGUAAAACGACAAGAACACAUUUACGAAUUUGUCCUCACGGAAAAACAUCAUUGUUUAGUGCUUCUUGCUAUGGAACGAAUUUUCGCGGAAGGUCUCCGGCGUCAUUUCCGUCUUGGCCAACCAGACUUGGAACGUAUGUUUCCUAGACUUCGCGAUCUCAUCGAUAUUCAUUUACGAUUUCUGCAAAAGUUACGAAAACGGCAAAAUGCAAACCACGUUGUUCCUACAAUCGCUGAUAUACUCGUUGAUCAGUUCUCUAGUGAAAAUGCGCAACGUAUGAAGAGUGCCUAUGGGGAAUUCUGUAGUCGUCACAGGGACGCUGUCGAAGCUUACAAAUAUUACUUACGUCAUGAUCCUAGGUUCGCACGAUUCGUACGUCAGUGUCAGUCGCAUCCUCUGCUAAAGAAGAAAGGAAUUCCUGAGUGUAUCUUAUUUGUUACUCAACGUUUAACGAAGUAUCCACUGUUGGUCGAACCACUUAUAAAAACGGGUAUUGCACAGGAAGAAGGUGAAGAUUUGCGGAAAGCCUUGAGUCUUGUUAAAGAAAUUUUAGCGGAUGUGGAUGCUUGUGUAGCGGAUAAAGAAAGAGAAGAUAGAAAAUUAGAGAUAUAUAAUAAGAUCGACGCAAAAUCUUUCGCAACAUAUCGUGGUGCCAAAUUCAAAAAGUCAGACAUCAUGGCAUUUAACAGAAUUUUGAAAUUCGAAGGUACUGCAUACUUAAUGCAAGGUCGUGGAAAAAUGACUGCCAUCGUAGUAGUUGUUCUUUCUGAUAUAUUAUUUUUCUUGGCUGAGAGGGAUCAGAAGUAUGCCUUUUUUGUGCCUGACAAUAAGGCUGGUAUAGUGUCACUUCAAAAGUUAUUAGUACGCGAGAAAGCUGGUCAAGAGUCUAGGGGAAUCUAUUUAAUAAGUAGCAAUCCAGCUGAACCUGAAAUGUUUGAGUUGAAAAUUCAGAAACCCAAAGAUAAACAGCUGUGGAUUCAAGCGAUUCGAUCAGCUGUUGAAGCUUGCCCGCAAGAACCUGAAAAUGACACGGAUACAUUAACUGAAAAUAAUAGUACUAAUGAAUUGAGAGAUACACGUUCCUCUUCUAUAUCAGUACUUUCCAUAGAAGAAAGACAACGUCUAGUUAAAACUAAAGAAUCCCAUAUCCAGAAAAUAGUUGCUGAACUACGAAAAAAGGAUACUGAACAAGCACUUUUACUCGAAGAAAAACUUAACUUACAAAUGCAGCUCUUACAUGCAGCAAACAUUUGGAGUGGAAAUGAAAAUAGUGACAAUGAACGAUUAGAAAAAGUUGACAAGGAAAUUCCAGAUUAUACUAGACUGGUUCAUAACGAGGGGAGUGACACCACACAAUUAUGGCAGGAGGUAGUGGUAGCGGUCCAAGAAGCGACAAAACUUGCUAGCUCGUUAUCUUUUAGUGCAGGUGGUGGUACGCUUUCGAGAAGUCUAAGCUCUGCGGGUGAACGACAUAGUGAAACGUAUGUUCCGGCCGCUCUUAGUGUACCUCGAAGAGCUGAAACAUUUGCCGGUUUUGACCAUAACAAGGAAAAAUAUCCGUUACGAGAUUCUGCAGCGAUUCAUUCUGUAAUCUCUCUUCCGAAAGUUGGUGAAUUCAUGAAAGAGAGUCCAGACGAGAAAGAUAGUCAGGAUUCAGAAACGAACAAAGAUCAACAGUGGGCGGCGAUUCGUUUGUCUCAUCAUGUUUAUACCCUGCUCUGUAUAAUUAGUAACCAGAUGACGACAAUCGAUAGCUUGCAGGCACAAUUAGCUGCGUGUAAAGAAGGAAGUAUAAGUAAAUCUAAUAAUAGACCUAAUACAAAUCGCCAAUUGGAAGAGUUGCGUAACUUACAAGACCAACUGAGUCGAGAGAAAUCAGCAUUCCGUGCUGCAUCACAACAAGAACAGAAACAAUUGGAGGAAGAGCGACAACGGGAUCAGUUGUACCGACGGCUCGAAGCAUUAGAGAGACAAGGGCUGACAUUAGUUGCAGGCUCUACGCCUGGUUCCGCGACUAUUCAUUUGUCUCAUAUGACGCAGGGAACUGACGCAGUACAGACUCGAAAAUCACAGCCAGACGCUAAACGGAUACCAUUAAAUUUAAUAAGCGCUACUAAUCAACAGAAAGUGCAAAGCAAUCUUCCUGUGAAACAGCAAUUGCCUUUGAAACUUGCUAGCGGAAGCAACAAUAAUACUAGGAGCGGAGGCACAAGUAAUAACAGUCCUGAUCGACAUUCGCGAACUGGUAGUAGUCCGGCAAUCGUGACUGGCUCAACGUACUCUUCACCAGAACUAGGUAAUAAUCACGCUAGCACCAGUCAAAUUCAUUCCUCGAAUCGGUCGUUACGAAUUACACGAUCUCCUCCGGAAUAUUCACAUCAACAACAACAACAACAACAACAUCCGCAACAUCCACGAACCGAACAGCAACAACCUUUGGAAGAAGAGGUAAUUUUUUUCUGACGACUCUUUCGUUUCGGUCGAAAGCAUUCUCGAUCCACUCGUCCAACAACUGGCGAAGCUACCCCGACAUCUCAACUAACUCCGGCUCGGAAUCAAUCAAAAGAUGCUCAAAGUAGAAGUCGUGUAAAGUCAUUU